GCGUCCGCGAGUGAUGGGAAGAUGGGGCAGACGAGGAAUCGGAAUCGCAGGACUUUGGAGAACCGGCGGAGCGAGGGCGGGGCGGUUUCCCUCAAAGAGUGGAAGGAGAAGCGGCAGCUCUCCGGGUUAACCCACUUCAUGCUGUACGGAACAGGCUUCCAGACCUGGGAGUAUUCCCCGGACUUCGCCCUGCGAUCGUACUCGUACGUCGCCCUGCACGCGUUCCCGGCCUUCCUCUACAGCUGGCUCCUUCAGUCCAACAAGAUGCUGGUGUUUUACUUUCUGCGCUGGAUCCUUGCCUUCGUCUGCGCCCUGUGCGAGGGGCAUUUGCAGCCAGCUGGGGUCCAACGUGGGUCGCAUCACCCUGGGGUUCCUGGUGCUCAGCGCAGGGAUGUUCCACUGCGCCACCGCAUACCUCCCGUCGACCUUUGCCAUACCCACUUCAUGCUGUACGGAACAGGCUUCCAGACCUGGGAGUAUUCCCCGGACUUCGCCCUGCGAUCGUACUCGUACAUCGCCCUGCAUGCGUUCCCGGCCUUCCUCUACAGCUGGCUCCUUCAGUCCAACAAGAUGCUGGUGUUUUACUUCCUGCGCUGGAUCCUUGCCUUCGUCUGCGCCCUGUGCGAGGUGCCAGUGAUAUACAUAGACUCGCAGAUGUACGGUCGCCUCACGUUCCCCGCUCUGAACAUCGUGCUGUACAACGUCUUCCGGGGAGGGUCGGAGCUGUACGGGACGGAGCCGUGGACGUAUUACAUCGUCAAUGGCCUCCUUAACUUCAAUGUUGUCUUUCUCCUUGGCCUGCUUGCCCUUCCUCUUGCGGAGCGUUUCCUGUACCCGGUGUACCCGUUGCUCUGCCUCGGGGCGGGGACGGCCCUGGACGUGCUCCAGAAGCUCUACUUCUGCCUGUAUGCACACCUCAGGUGGGGGGAGGAGGGGAGGAGGCUGACGCAUUACCUCCACCACACCAAUUGGAUCGCUGCCGUCACCAUCGUCGCGUCGGGGCUCCUCGGUCUCUCCCGCAUCCUUGCCGUACAUGUGUCUCCUGUCGAUGGGGUCGUGGUUCCGGGGGAUGGACGAGGUGGCCGUCGUGUCCACCGCCAUAUCGGCCGUCUUCGGGUGGCCCUUCGCCGCUCUGCUUGGGUGCCAGUGAUAUACAUAGACUCGCAGAUGUAUGGUCGCCUCACGUUCCCCGCUCUGAACAUCGUGCUGUACAACGUCUUCCGGGGCGGGUCGGAGCUGUACGGGACGGAGCCGUGGACGUAUUACAUCGUCAAUGGCCUCCUUAACUUCAAUGUUGUCUUUCUCCUUGGCCUGCUUGCCCUUCCUCUUGCGAUGCUGAUCGAGCACCUGACCGGAGCGGGCGGACGCACCAUCCCGUACCCUCUCGCGUUCCUCGGCCUCUACCUCUGGCUCGGGGUGUUCCUGGUGCAACCGCACAAAGAGGAGCGUUUCCUGUACCCGGUGUACCCGUUGCUCUGCCUCGGGGCGGGGACGGCCCUGGACGUGCUCCAGAAGCUCUACUUCUGCCUGUAUGCACACCUCAGGUGGGGGGAGGAGGGGAGGAGGCUGACGCAUUACCUCCACCACACCAAUUGGAUCGCUGCCGUCACCAUCGUCGCGUCGGGGCUCCUCGGUCUCUCCCGCAUCCUUGCCGUCUUCAGAGGUUACCAUGCCCCCAUGGAGGCAUUCAUGGAGGUGAACCAACUUGGGAUGAGUGGGGAAGUCUCCUUGGACAAGCCUAUCAACGUCUGCCUUGGAAAGGAGUGGCAUCGCUUCCCAUCUCACUUCUUUCUCCCUUCCUCUCAGUGGAAAGCUCAGUUCCUGCGGUCAGAGUUCAGAGGACAACUGCCGCAGCACUACAGCCAGGCACCCGAUGCGACCUCGGUUCCUCCUCCCCACAUGAAUGAUCGCAAUGUGGAGGAGCCAUCUCGUUAUGUGGAGCCAUGGAUGUGCGAAUUCCUGGUGGAUGUGGAGUUUGCAGAUGGGGAAACUGAAGCAGAGCCUCAUUUUUCAGCUGACACUGAAAACUGGACUCUUGUCAAGUCCUGGCCUUUCCUCGAUGCUGCAAGGUCUCCUCAGUUCCUGCGAGCAUUCUACGUACCAUUCCUCACCCCCGAAUACUGUGAAUACGGAUCGUACGUGCUCCUCCGCUCGACGAGACGUAAGAGACGGCGACCCAAGGGCUCCUAACCUCCUUCGGCGGGAAGAGACCAGAGUGCCUGGCUAGUCUUCAGUGUGCCCAGCCCCAACUGAACCUCAUCCAGUGUGUGAAUAUUGGAUUCCGUGGACGUGGCUCUACUUGGGGGAUUGUCGUUCAAAUAUAGGAGGGUUUUAUGGGGGGUUUACAGUUCUGGUACUCACUUAGGAGCCUACUACCUUUCUGUGGGAUUUAUUAUGCCAUGUAGCAGAUUGGCACGUGUUGAUUUAAGUCGAUGAGAAACCCCUGUGCCUUGGGAAGUUCACGAUGAAGAUACCCUUGUGCCUGGGAAAAUUUCAUGAUUGCUGCUUGCUCAAGUUCAUCUGUUCAAGAACAGGAUGGUCUCUUGGCAGUUGAUGAAGCUGCCAAGAGCCUUUCGUGAAAAUGGUGUUAGGCCUGAGCUCAUUGAGGAAAUACUCCAAGAUUCAACAUGGGUGGGAGAAAUCAACUUUACCUAUCUUGUUCCAAAUGGAGCUUCAUGAGAGAUCUGAAGUCAUUUGAUUUUUAAAUGUUUUUUUGCUACAGAUUCCCAAUCCUUUUCAAUGGAAAAUGCCAAUGCUUCCCUUUGGUACAUAGCAAGUGUUUAGUGAUGUAUAUUGUUACUCUGCUACCUUCAUCUCCACUGUGCCAAGCAUUCCAAGGUGGAUCUCAUUCCAUGUGCAAGAAGCGGAGAGGAAGGACCGUCAAAUGGGUUCUUUCGACCGAGGACCUGGCUGCUGAACGAGGUCUUUGUCACGCAGACAUGGUUACUCACCGAGCUCCCUAGUCUUUGUCUCUCCUAGUCAUGGCAAAAUAUGAAGGGCUGAGGCAUGAGUGUAGUGUGCUCAUCCUGCAACAUCCAUAUCCAUGUAGUUCAAAAGUUCUGAUGCACUAGGUUUACACAUGAGAAAAGAGUUUUGUGAUGAAAACCCACUGUUGUGCGUACUGCUGCAACUAUAUGGCAUCGGUUGUGGAAAGCAUUCCCUUUUCAUUUAAAUUCGGCAGCAUUCAUCUCUGCGUGAAUCUCCGAAUUCCCAGCUUUAGUCAUUCUGUUACCAGCAUUCCAUUUUCUGUGCUUGUGAAAAGAAAGAAGCAUGUUGCAAAUGGGAAUCAACCCAUCUGUGCUACCAUGACAAGUUAUGAAUUUGAUGUGCAGCAAAAAAUUUGCCCUCUCAAGAUACCCUUUGAAAUGUGUUGGACUUCAGUGAAAUGAAUGUUGCUUGUGAU